AUGAUCCUCAACGUCUUCAAGGCCCUUGCGGUCUCCCUGGUCUUCGGCACCAUCCCUGGUGCCAACGCCUUUGCAGUCGGUCGCUUUGGUUCCCUCUCGUACCACGGUAACUCGACCAUUGUCGCUCGUCAGAGUGACAUUGCUCCGUACAGCACUGACCCGGAGUUCAACCCUCACUUGGACGCCCCCGACGUUUCCGCUGACGACUUGUGCCGCGACCACAAGCAUCAAGAGGACAUUGGUAACUGGUACUGCCAGAAGGUGGACCAGGUCAUCUACUCCAAGGUGACCAAGCCUGGUACCUACGAGGCUGACACCUUCAUGGACAACGAGUCCGGUGCUUGCAGCAAGAGUCCUAAGCAGUUCAACGGAGACCUUGCUCCGCACAACGAGCCUGCAAAGGGUUUGCCGGGUUUCGCUCGCGUGUUGUUGUUCGAGUUCUCCAUGCCAGACGAACCGCAGCACAACAACGGCGGCGGCAACAAGCCUGCCGUCUGGCUCCUCAACUCCAGAAUCCCGAACACGGCACAAUACUUUGACUGCAACUGUUGGAAGUCCGGUUGCGGUGAACUCGACGUCUUUGAGGUCUUGGCUCCUGGCCAGGAUAAGGCAUUGUCUACGUUCCACCUUGGUGACGAUGGCAAGUCUGCCGGAGAUGCCAAUUACUUCCAACGUCCCAAGGGAGGCCCGAUCACGGUUGCUCUUGUCAUAGAUGCCACCAACGGUGGCACCGUCAGCAUCAAGAACAUGGGUGCCAGCGAUGGCGCGCGUUUCGGUGCUUCGCUCUCGGCUGGUAAAGUCGAUGAGCUCAAGGCCAAGAGUGGUCUUGUCUCUGAGUAA